UCUACUAAUUCCAUAAUGUUUUUCUAGCUGAACGAGCUUUGGACACCAUGAACUUUGAUGUCAUUAAAGGCAAACCAGUGCGCAUCAUGUGGUCUCAGCGCGAUCCAUCUCUACGCAAAAGCGGUGUAGGAAACAUCUUCAUCAAAAAUUUGGACAAAUCAAUUGAUAACAAAGCUUUGUAUGACACAUUUUCUGCUUUUGGGAACAUCCUCUCUUGUAAGGUGGUGUGUGAUGAAAAUGGAUCCAAGGGUUAUGGAUUUGUACAUUUUGAGACACAAGAAGCUGCAGAAAGAGCUAUUGAAAAAAUGAAUGGUAUGCUGCUUAAUGACCGCAAAGUAUUUGUUGGAAGGUUUAAAUCUCGCAAGGAACGUGAGGCAGAGCUUGGAGCCAGAGCAAAAGAAUUCACCAAUGUUUACAUCAAAAAUUUUGGAGAAGACAUGGAUGAUGAGAGACUUAAGGAACUCUUUGGCAAGUUUGGUCCUGCUUUAAGUGUAAAAGUUAUGACUGAUGAGAGUGGAAAAUCCAAAGGCUUUGGCUUCGUUAGUUUUGAAAGACACGAAGAUGCCCAGAAAGCUGUAGAUGAGAUGAAUGGGAAAGAGCUCAAUGGAAAACAAAUCUAUGUUGGCCGGGCUCAGAAAAAGGUGGAAAGACAGACGGAGCUGAAGCGCAAGUUUGAACAAAUGAAGCAGGACAGGAUCACCAGAUACCAGGGUGUAAACCUUUAUGUGAAAAAUCUUGAUGAUGGGAUCGAUGAUGAGCGUCUCCGAAAAGAGUUCUCUCCAUUUGGUACAAUCACUAGUGCAAAGGUGAUGAUGGAAGGUGGCCGCAGCAAAGGGUUUGGAUUUGUGUGCUUUUCGUCACCAGAAGAAGCCACCAAAGCAGUCACAGAAAUGAAUGGUAGAAUUGUGGCUACUAAACCAUUAUAUGUAGCUCUAGCCCAGCGUAAAGAGGAGCGCCAAGCUCAUCUCACCAACCAGUACAUGCAGAGGAUGGCAAGUGUAAGAGCAGUACCUAAUCCUGUAAUCAACCCCUACCAGCCAGCACCUCCUUCAGGAUACUUCAUGGCAGCUAUUCCUCAGACUCAGAACCGUGCUGCGUACUAUCCUACUAAUCAGCUUGCUCAACUUGCUAGACCUAGUCCUCGCUGGACUGCUCAGGGUGCCAGACCUCAUCCAUUCCAAAACAUGCCUGGUGCUAUCCGCCCAGCAGCACCCAGACCACCUUUCAGUACCAUGAGACCAGCUUCUUCCCAAGUUCCACGAGUCAUGUCAACACAGCGUGUUGCUAAUACAUCAACACAAACAAUGGGUCCACGUCCUGCAGCAGCAGCCACUGCGGCCACUCCUGCCGUGCGCACAGUACCACAGUACAAAUACGCUGCAGGUGUUCGCAAUCCUCAGCAGCACCUCAACACGCAGCCACAGGUUGCUAUGCAGCAGCCUGCUGUCCAUGUGCAAGGUCAGGAACCCUUGACUGCUUCCAUGUUGGCUUCUGCCCCUCCACAAGAACAAAAGCAGAUGUUAGGUGAACGCCUAUUCCCCCUUAUUCAAAGCAUGCACCCUACUCUGGCGGGUAAGAUCACUGGUAUGUUGUUGGAGAUUGACAACUCUGAACUCCUCCACAUGCUCGAGUCUCCUGAGUCUCUUCGUUCGAAGGUUGAUGAAGCUGUAGCCGUACUACAAGCCCACCAAGCUAAAGAGGCUGCUCAAAAGGCAGUUAAUAAUCCCACUGGGGUUCCAAGUGUUUAAUAGAACUAUCCGGGACUACAAUCUAGAACUUCGCUUCACCGAAGAAAAAAAAAAUCUAAACAUGGAAAAACUAUUAAAUAUUGAGAAAAACAUUGCAAAAUAUAAAAUAAAUAAAAAAAGGAAAGGAAACUUUGAAGCUUACGUACACAGCAACGCCGGGGCUAGCAAAACAAAUGCUAGCCCUAGAUUACUUAUUGAUUUAAAAUUUAAAAAAAAA